UUCCAGAUUACUCUCAUCUGACUCCUUGAAAUCUAAUCAGGGUUGCUCUUAGAUCCACAAAUGGUACUAUCAAAGCGUAUCCACAGGUUCUUCAAGUUUAGACUCGGCCUUGUUUCAUGCCAAAGUCCUACUAGUCCUUAAUUCAUAUGAUCAUUAUAUUCUAAAAGCUUUUUCCUGAAAACCAAUCCUCCUCCACACGAGCAUUUUCAUUAGCUGACAAAAAAUAUUCUCUCUUCCCUACCACCACCCACCCCAUAACAGUUUCCUCCAUCGAAAAUCUUAGUCUCUGUCAAGUAUUUUGCUUUUGUACUAGUCUUUCAUCUUUGAAAUUUAUACAAAUGGUUGCCAAGACGAACUACGAGCUUUCGAGGGGAGUUGUGGAAAUGGCCUGGAUCAUGCUCAGUGUUGAUUACUCUAGGCUUUUCUGGUUGCUCUUUGGGGUAUUCUCUUAUGAAAACCAUGAGGGAAAGCCUCGGAUUUUCUAACACCCGCCCACCCCACCUCAAAUCGUUGCAUUUCGAUACCAUAAAAGUAGUGUGUCCUUGUGUUUUUAAGUCUAGCUAAGAUAUAUAUAAGUAUUGAUAUAUACUCGAACAACAAAACUGCACUUGCUUGUUGAUUUCUCAACCAUGAACAACAAGACCAGGAUAGGAAGGUGCACUGUUGGAGCAAAGCAGCAGCCUGAAUACGUCGAAACAGAUCCAUCUGGCCGCUAUGGACGUUUCAGGGAAAUGCUUGGCAAAGGAGCCAUGAAGACAGUUUACAAGGCAUUUGAUGAGGUCCUCGGAAUGGAGGUGGCUUGGAACCAAGUCAAGCUUAACAAUGUCUUCGGUUCACCAGAAGAACUUCAGAGGCUCUACUCAGAAGUCCACCUCCUCAAGAACCUCAAUCAUGACUCCAUCAUUCAUUACUACACUUCUUGGAUUGAUAUCGAUCGAAGAACCUUCAACUUCAUCACUGAGAUGUUCACCUCUGGCACCCUCAGAGAGUACAGGCAAAAGUACCAACGAGUGAGUAUUGGAGCUGUGAAAAACUGGGCACGCCAAAUCUUGCGUGGUCUGGCCUAUCUACACACACUUGAUCCACCUGUUAUUCACAGAGACCUCAAGUGUGACAACGUCUUUGUUAAUGGUCAUCUUGGACAAGUCAAGAUUGGUGAUUUGGGUUUAGCAGCUAUUCUCAGUGGCUCGAAACAUGCACAUAGUGUCAUAGGUACACCAGAAUUUAUGGCACCUGAGUUAUACGAUGAGGAAUACAACGAGCUUGUAGACAUAUAUGCCUUCGGCAUGUGUGUGCUAGAGAUGCUUACUUCAGAAUAUCCGUAUAGCGAGUGCUCUAAUCCUGCUCAAAUUUACAAGAAAGUCACUUCAGGCAAACUACCAAAGGCAUAUUACAAGAUUGAAGAUUUGGAGGCGCAGAGAUUCGUAGGGAAGUGUUUGGUGGAUGUCUCGGAAAGGUUGCCAGCGCAUGAGCUCUUGCUCGAUCCAUUUCUAGCAUCUGAUGAUGAAGAGCCUAAGCCGAUGCCCAUCUCCAGAUCAAUCCCACUUCAAAAGAUAGUCCCUGAUGAAAGUGCUGAAGUGGUGAAAGAGCCAAUCUUGGCUUUGGGGUCUAAUACAAAAAGAACUACAAAGAUGAUCAUUACCGGGUCCAGAAAUCCUGAGGAUGAUGCUAUCUAUCUCAAAGUUAGGAUUUCUGACAACCAAGAUGGUCAUGCUAGGAACAUAUACUUCCCCUUUGACAUUGUGAACGACACCGCAAUGGCUGUAGCAGUGGAGAUGGUGAAAGAAUUGGAAAUUAAUGACUGGGAACCAUCCGAGAUUGCUGUGAUGAUAGAAAAGGAGAUAUCUUCUUUAGUUCCAAGUUAUGACAAUUGGUCUUCUCCCCAAGAUUAUCAUUCUGAUCAGCACUGCUAUAGCUAUGAAGAUGAUGAUGAUUGUGAUGGUGAUGUUGUCCGCCAUCCUUUCCACUCUUUCUCUUCAUGUUCUUCCUCCCAAAGUUCUCUGCCAGUUUUCGGCUUCCCCAGCCUGGUCCAAUGUCAUAGUGCGAAGAACAUGACUAAGGACCAAGAUUGGUUUCAUGGUGAUCUGUUUACUAAUGAUGAUGCAAGUUCUCAAAGUUCUUUGAACUCGUGCAACUACUCCAACAUGAAUUACUAUUCAGGCAAUGAAGAUGAACCCUCCUCCUGCUUUGGAAAGACUCACAAAUCUACAAGGUUUUGUCCUUCGGAUAGCACGACUACGAAUCAUUACAAACGUUGUGAUCCACAGGUAGACAAUGGGAGAGCUUAUCAUGAACUGAACCAUCAUCCUCAUAAGCAUCACCAUAAUCAGGGGAAAUUACCAAGGAUUCGGUCACUUGUUGACGUCCGCAGCCAAUUGUUGCACCGGUCACUGGUGGAGGAGAUAACCAAGAGGCGGUUGUGCAAUACCGUUGGAGCUGUUGAGAACAUUGGCUUUCAAGCACCAGGAAAUAUUAGCUGAUUUCCUCUGAAGCAGAGCUAGUUCCCCAAAGAUGCUGAGAAGCAAGGUGAAAUGGACAAGUUUCUUGAGACUCAAAACUAGUGGUGCAACAUAUAUAGGUGUGUAAGUAACGCUUGUAAAAAUGUUGAGCCUUGGGAAGACUUUAAGGUUCAUGAUAAUAACCAAUCCGAACUACGCUGCGCCCUCUGGUUUUAACAGCGGAUUUGAUUGUUAUGCAACGCACAAUUGCAUAUCUUGUGCACUUCUGUUAAGUUUAAGUGCUAAAAGAAGUACGAGUCUGCAGGCAUAAUUCUGCAGGAUCGACUUCUCCUUUGUGU